CAAUGAGCCGGCGAGCGGGGCGCAGGCGCAGCGGGGCGAGGAGCCGCGGGCCUCUGAGGGGAUCUGAUGAUGCUGUUUGGAAGGUUCGCCUACCAGUUGCACAACUUUAAGAAACCCCCAAGGUCAUGUGACUGCAGACAGUUCUGGGGAUGGUUGAAUGCCGUGUUCAACAAGGUAGAUCACGAGCGCAUAAAGGCCGUGGGCCCAGACCGGGCAGCUUCGGAGUGGCUCCUGCGAUGUGGAGCCUUGGUGCGGUAUCAUGGCCAGGAAAGAUGGCAGCAGGACUACAACACCCUCCCGACUGGACCUCUAAACAAAUAUAAGAUCCAAGCAAUUGAUGCCACUGAGUCCUGCAUCAUGCACAUAGGAUUCGACUACAUGGAGGGCCUAGUACACGUUGAACAGAUAAAGCUGUGCAAGUGUCACUACAUUGAGGAUGAGUGUUUGAAGCGACUCAGCGAGUUUGAGAACUUACAGAAAAGCCUGCUGCGGCUGGAAGUUGUGUCCUGUGGGAAUGUCACAGAGAAAGGCAUCAUGGCCUUGCACCACUUGAGAAACCUUGAGUACUUAUUGUUACGUGAUCUUCCCGGAUUAAGAGAGAAAGAAAAAAUUAUUCAUUCCUUUCAGAAAGCAAUGCCUUCUCUGGAACUCAAAUUGGAUUUAAAAUAAAUUAAACCCUAAUAAGAGUCUUAUUCCAAUAUCCUCGUGUUAUCUGAUCUGAGGGAAAACUUAGAGCACCACUAAAGAGCAAAGUAUGAUUUAAGGUUCGGCCUUUGGAGUCAGUGUUCUGUGUUGAUUUCUUUUCAUGGGGGUUGUCCACGUUUUACCACCUUAGCAUGGCUAGUGUAAAGAGCAGGGGUCUGGGAGUUAGAAGACUGGGAUUCUAAAUCUCCACUGUGCCACUUGCUUGCUGUGUGACCUUGAGCAAGUCACUUAACUUUACUGUGCCUGUUUUGUGGUCUAUCAAGAGAGUGUCAAUACGUGUUCUCCCUCCUAUUUAGACUGAGUCCCUUGUGGGUCAGGGGCUAUACCCCACCUGGUUAUCUAAAAUCUACCUUAGCUCUUAGUACAGUGCUUGGCACAUAGGUGCUUAACAAAUAUCACUUUUACUAUUAUCAUUGUUAAUAUUAAUAGCCACCCAACUACAAGGUCUAGCAUGGUCUGUCCCCAUCUCCCACCACUGAUCCUGGGCCACAGCUAAAGACCCCACCUGCCUCCAUCAUGGGAGACCCGGGAGUGAACGAACGGGAAGCAAACUCAGUUGGAAAGUGAAACUACCCACCUGCCUCUGAAAUCAAGAUGGAUUCUUCCCCUUGUGGUAAGUCUAGGACAUAAGUAGGCUUAAAAAUUGUGAACUGAGCCAUCAGUACAGUGACUUGCGUGAAUGAACCGGAGAAGUUCCAAACCACUGAGACUUCGAAAGGUCAUCCAUCUUUUCCCAGGAAAGAGGCAACUCUGCAGCUCCAGACUGGCUUAAGAUGCACUUAGAAACCCCUUGAGGGGCUGCACAGAGCAGCAUGGCUCUACCUGCUAUCCAAACUGUAUCUGCUUUUCUGCUGGGGAAAUUUAUCUUGCUGUAGGAAGGGCCCAAAAGAGGCACCCAGCUCUGCCUUUCACCUCUUAGAGAGAUCACUGAGUGGGUGCAAAAGUGAAUGUUGACUCAGAGGACUCGGGUGCAUCAAGUACAUGUCCGCUGGGCAUGUGACUUGAUACUGCCAAGUUCCAGUGGCUCUGCUUGAGGCUUACAGAACUGAAGGAAAGUCAUUUUUUGUGGAAAUAAGAAUUGCAGGGGCACCUUCUGAGCAAAUGUUUUAAAGGAGUAAAAAUUAAAACUGGAAAUGAA